GGGGCUCCACGCUCUGGGAGCGCGCGCGCACGCAGCGGCGCGGGCCCGGCGGCGGCUGUAGGGGCGACGUCACAGCCCGAGUUUUCCUUUUCGGGAGUCCCCGGCACACAUCCUGUGUCCAUGUUUGGGCAUUUACGUCACGGCGGCAGGGCCGGGGCCUCCCGAAAUGGCAGUGGCCCGGGGAGUCGGAAGCCCUGAGCCAGCGCCGCCGCUGCUAUAUAAGUGGGGGGGCCUCAGGUUGGGGGAGCCCGGUUGCGCUUUGGAGAGGCGAGGAACCGCCAUCCGAGGCGGUCCCAAGGAGCAAGGGCGCCUCAGCCACCCCCCAUCCCCGAACGCUUUCCCAGAGGUGAGAGCCCAGAGCCAGGAACCCGGGCUCCUGGGUCUGCAAGGCGCGGGGUGCCCCGACUACCGGCCUCCCCGCCAUCCGCGCACCAUCCGAGCCCAGCGGGCGAGGCCCCCGGAGCCCCGCAGCCGCCGCCGAGCCAUGCUCCACCUUAGCGAGUUUUCUGGCCCCGACGCGCUCCUAGUGAAGUCCACCGAAGGCUGUUGCUCCGAACCAAAUACUGAACUGCCCAGACUGUCCACCAGGGACCCAACCGCAGCCUCUGGCUAUCCGGGAGGUGACUUCUUGAGCUGGGCCUUGAGCAGCUGCGGCGCCGGGGGGGACUUAGCCGACUCCUGCUUCCUAGAGGGGCCUGCACCCACGCCCCCUCCAGGCCUCAGCUACAGUGGUAGCUUCUUCAUCCAGGCAGUACCCGAACAUCCGCACGACCCGGAGGCACUCUUCAACCUCAUGUCGGGCAUCCUAGGCCUGGCACCUUUCCCGGGCGCUGAGGCGGCAGCAUCCCGGUCUCCUCUGGACGCCUCUUUCCCCGCAGGUUCCGACGCCUUGCUGCCAGGUCUGCCAGACCUUUUCUCCCCGGAUCUGGGCGCUGCCGCCUUCCCAGAGGCGUUCUGGGAGGCCUCGCCCUCGGCGGGCGUCCCCUCACAAUGCCUGUAUGAGCCUCAUCUCUCCCCACCCGACGUCAAGCCAGGCCUUCGGGCUCCUCCGGCUUCCCCAGAGCUGGACACUGCCACAACCUUCAAAGGUCCCUACGCGCCGUGGGAGCUGCUCUCAGCCGGGGCUGCAGGCAGCUGUGGAUCACAAGGAGGCUACCAGGCCGCUUCAGAGGCCCGUUUCCCCCCGGUGGGGGCCAAGAUUGAAGACCUGCUGUCCAUCAGCUGCCCCGCGGAGUUGCCGGCUGCCCCCACCAGCAGACUCUACACCUCGGGGGCCUACGACGCUUUCCCGCUGGCCCCAGGUGACUUAGGGGAGGGGACCGAGGGCCUCCCAGGGCUCUUGACCCCUCCUAGUGGGGAGGGAGGGAGUAGCGGCGAAAGCGGAGAGUUUCUAGAUGGUACGCAACCGCAGCUUUCCCCGUUGGGCCUCCGCAGCGCCACCGCGGACUUCCCGAAACCUCUGGUGGCGGACAUCCCCGGGAGCAGCGGCGUGCCAGAGCCUCCUGGACCGCCGCCGCCCGCCCCAUUCCCCCCAGCCAAGGCGAGGCGCAAGGGGCGCCGGGGCGGCAAGUGCAGCGCACGCUGCUUCUGCCCUCGGCCCCAUGCCAAGGCCUUUGCCUGCCCGGUGGAGAGCUGCGUGCGCAGCUUUGCGCGCUCCGACGAGCUCAACCGCCACCUGCGCAUCCACACCGGCCACAAACCCUUCCAGUGCCGCAUCUGCCUCCGCAACUUCAGCCGCAGCGACCACCUUACAACACACGUGCGCACCCACACGGGCGAGAAGCCCUUUGCUUGCGACGUGUGCGGCCGCCGCUUCGCGCGCAGUGAUGAGAAGAAACGGCACAGCAAGGUGCACCUCAAGCAGAAGGCGCGCGCCGAGGAGCGGCUCAAGGGCCUUGGCUUUUACUCGUUGGGCCUCUCCUUCGCCGCCCUGUAAGGGUGAAAUGGGUUUGUAGAUUGGGGCGCCGCCGCCUGGCGCGCAAGAGAAAACCUGGCCCGCCCCCGCUCUCCGCUCUCUUUCCUACUUCUUCCCGGCACGCCCUGGGGCGGGCCUCUAGUCCGGCUUCCAGUUCCCUUGAAGCGCCCGCCGCACACGCCUUGUUCAGCACCAGCUUUCUGGACAGCUCCCGCGGUCCCGGCGCAGUCUCCGAGUCAGACGCGCUACAGAAGGAUGCGCUCUCACCCACUGAGUAGGCACAUCCCUGGGACUUAAUACAAUCUUUUGUAACUGGCGCACACCCCACGCCCUCUCUUAGCCCCCCCCCCCCAGAGAUAGGCUGGGGCAGCGCCGAGCUGGUCUCGCGCGGGAUUUUGUACAGCAAUGUCGUUUUCAGCAGCCAUUGGUUGUAACGUUUUGCUUUGGGGUUAUUUCCUUUUUGUUGUUGUUAAUUUUUGUAAAGCAGACGCUACUCUCAAGCAGUUGACAAAACUGUUUAUUUUUGCAAUUAAAAUUAUUGUGCUAAAAGCUUA